UCAGAAGCCUCGGUAACAUCUGGGUAAAUCAAUGACCAUUUUCGCAUGGUGCAUAUACAUAUGGCUGUUCACUGUACGCUUGAAACCGCUUUAGCUAUACAAGUUUCAUACUGAUGAGUUGUCAAAUGUGUAAUUUGAAAUCGUAUUACAAUUAAAAAUGGAUGAACAUACCCUUGAAUUAAUUCUUCAGGAAAUAGUAAAUAAUAAUUUGCAAGUGACGGCUCUUAUACAGGAUAUUCAACAAUGUACAGGGCCCUUGGAAUUGUUGAACGAACUCAAUGCCGAAGGAAGAGCAAAAAUAGCAAAUCUCAGAUCAAGUAUUGACCGCUUAGCUGCCUUAGCAGAAACAGAAAUAAAUGAGAAGAAAAAGUCAGUUUUACUAUCUGAAGUUGAUAGUCACAAAGGACAGCUUACAGUAACAAUGGCAGCAUUUCGUAAAGCCAAUAUUGUCAGUGCCUGUGUUAUUGACAAGAUGGCUAAGGAGGAUCUGUUAUCGAUGCCUGAGGAACAGCAAAAUGCUCUUCGAAAGCGACGAGAUAAACAGAGUCUUGCAAAUAUGUCUGGCCAAGUUACUGACAAAUUACUGAGUAUUUCUAGACAUCUUGCAGAGACAACACAAAGAAGUGCCGACACAUUGGAUACUCUAAUUACAUCUUCAGAAAAGGUUUCUGGCACAAAGGAGGAGUUGGACCAUCAGCAACAAGUAAUAGUUCAAUCAGGAAAGCUUCUAGGAAAAUAUGGAAGGCGUGAAGUUACAGAUAAAGCUUUAUUAGUUUUAGCUUUUGCGUUCUUUCUCGCCUGUGUUUUUUAUAUUUUACAAAAGCGCCUUUUUUAGAGCUGGUCAUAAACUCUUCUUUCGAGAUGACACCAUCCUUAUCCAGAUCCAUCUUCUCGAAGAUUCUAUCAACAUGUCUGGUAACUGCACGGUGGAUAGUCUGACUGUUUUGCACCAUCUCAUAAAUAGCUGAGACUAUGGCCAGCAUCUCAUGCCUGGUGAUGUGUCCGUCUCCAUUCAGAUCAUACAUCCUGAUAAAUAACUUGGACAGGAUAGCAAGAUUGUUUUGUAAAAACUUAAAAGUAUUAACGAUUUUUUCUGAAUUUCUAAUAUAUGAGGAAGGAUCAUUAGAAAUGAAGACAAUACUUUUAUUCAUGCUGCUUAUCUCCUGUGCCCUUGGUGCAUCCUGGUUUGAUUUAUUUUUUGGAAAACCGUCGUACAAUAAUCAAAGAGAAGCUUACUAUGGGAAUCAAGGUGGACAGCAUCGUCAGGGAAAGAAUGGCAAGGAACGUUGGAAGGAAAUAUGCAGGACAAUCAAUGCAGACAGUUAUGCAUUCCCAGGACGAGUACCUUACCCGGCGGCACCAGUAUGUCCUUGGUGAUUAAAAGUUAUAAGUGACACCAACCCAGUGUAAAUCAUAGGAAGAUCAUAUUUGUGACAAGGAUAAGAACGAAGAGUCUAUUUGUUAUUUUUAAAAAUAUCGUUUUAUUAUAACAAACAACUCUGUUGAGAACAGUAAUAUAUUAAUGUUACUGAUUAUGAGUAUAAUUCUUGUGGAACGUAAGUUCUACGUAGAUUAGUACACGUAGGGAUAUAUGUGUGACGAUGAUAAUAAUAAUAAUAAUAAUAGCGUCGUUACGAGACUCACUACUCAUGUCGCACAUAAGCAUAACGUAUAAGGGCCGCCUGUUUUAGUGAAUAUUUUUUUUCUACGCUAAUGACUUAUUUGUUACCGUUCCCAAGUACAAAGAACAUGAGACGUAAUGACGUUACUUGAAGCAGCCAUCUCAAAUAUAUAUUAAUAUGUAAAA